AUGCCCAUCCAUGGCAUUGGUAUCGACAUUGUCCAUGUUUCUCGCAUAGCCUCUCUCGUCAGACGUAGAAACGUGGAUACACUUGCUCGCCGUAUCUUGAGUUCCGAGGAGCAGGCCACAUUCAGUCAUAUUCACGAGGAAGGCACGGAGACACGCAAGACGCGUUUCCUUGCCGUCAGAUGGGCAGUGAAGGAAGCCGCGUAUAAAGCACUUUUCCCCGUCAAGCCAACGUGGAAAGAACUUACCUACUCUUCAGCGACUAAGGGGGGAAAGCCGACGCUGUUCUAUACACCCCAAAAUAAUUUCGCUAGCAGAAACCUGCACGUCUCCGUCAGCCACGAUGGAGAAUAUGUGGUGGCAUCCGUUGUCGCUGAACUGCACUAGAAAUCACCAUUGCCAGGGUGUUAUGAAAUAACGGCAUACGACACUCGAGCUUGGCGAUUAAUUAUGCUAGCCGACGAAGUGUUUGGUUAAGGUUAAUGCAUAAUGAACGAUACGAUCGAUAUCGAUGUCGCGU